AUGAGUGGACAGUACAGCUGGUAUAAAAAUAAUUACCCAAUCUGCACAGAGAGAGAAGGCAGAGUCUAUACAGACAGCACAAUACAGGAGAUCAGUAUCAGGCCUGUUACUGACUCUGACAGUGGUGUCUACACCUACAGAGGACAGAGAAAUCACUCUGAGAGCUCAGAGAUUAGUGAUGCCGUUACACUCAAUGUAUCAGAGAGACCACAUGCAGUACUGAGUGUAUCUCCACAGAGCUGGCUGACUGAAGGAGACUCAGUGACUCUAAGCUGUGAGGUUACAGACUCCUCCACAAACUGGACAUUCAGCUGGUAUAGAGUGGAACUCCUCUCAGACAGCAGCAGAGGAUCUGGAGGCAACUACACUUUCAGUCCUGCUGCUCUUAAACACACAGGAGUUUAUAUUUGCAGUGCAGAGAGAGAAGGAUCCUCCUUUUACAGCCAUUACAGCUUUCCAGAACCAUUAUGGAUCACUGGUGAAUCCCCUCCAGUCUCUCUGAUCAUCAAUCCCAGCAGAACUCAACACUUUACUGGUGACUCUCUCUCACUGAGCUGUGAGGACCAGAGUAACUCUACUGGAUGGACAGUGAGACGAUACAUACACAACAAAAGAGCAUUAGAUUGUGAAAUGUGGGGAUCAGUUAAUGGAUCUACAUGUAAUAUCAGCUCUCUCUCUGUAUCUUACACUGGAGUUUACUGGUGUGAGUGUGAAUCUGAAGAAAACAGUAAUCCUGUCAACAUAACAGUGCAUGAUGGUGAUGUGAUCCUGGAGAGUCCUGUCCAUCCUGUGACUGAGGGACAUCCUCUGACUUUACGCUGUUUAUAUCGCAGCACAAAUUCCUCAAACCUCCGAGCUGAUUUCUACAAAAAUGGAUCAGUUCUCCAGACACAGACUACAGGAGAAAUGAUCAUCCAUAAGGUCUUAAAGUCAGAUGAAGGUUUCUAUCACUGUAAACACUCAGAGAGAGGAGAGUCACCUAAAAGCUGGGUCCCAGUCAGAAGCUCAGGUUCUGGUGAUGGUUAA